AUGGUUCAGACAAAAUUUGCAGGAUUUCGGGAGAUCUAUCUGAUGGUGACCUUGAAUUUGACCUUGAGGUCGACUUUGGGCAUAACUCAAGGUCAAAGUACCGUUUUACAAAUUAUUGAGAGUUCGCAAUGGAUUUAUUACAAACCCGUAACUUCGCUCGCGGACGACUUGCCCAUAGAAUUCGUUAUACCCGGACAUGGAGAAGAUUAUCUCUAUAUGGAUCUCACUCACACCAUGUUGAGCCUUCGCAUACGCGUAGAAAGCGAACGCGGGGAGAGCACAUCGUCCGCACUCGACGUCGCGGCAAGAGUAGGCCCCGUAAAUCAUUUACUGCAUUUCAUGUUCAACCAAAUCGACGUAUAUUUCAAUCAAAUACUCGUGUCGCCAUCAAACAACGCUUACGUUUACGCGUACAUCGAGGCGUUAUUAAAUUAUGCUUCACCUGCAAAAACUUCCAACCUAACCUCUUGCUUAUGGGACGCGGAUAUUCCCGGUUAUAUGGACGACACGUUAGACUCGUCAAAUCCAAAUACGGCGCUCGAGAGACAUGGGCAAUACAUUCGAGGAAAUCGUGCACUAGAUCUCAUAGGGCACCUUUACUGUGACGUUUUCAAUCAAGAUAAAUUUUUAAUUAACGGAAGUUAG